AUGUUAAUUACAGAUUUCUUCGAGCCAGAACUAAUGGCGAAUCCACCUCUGUUGGCUGUCCAAUUUGUAUACGAGUUGCGAAAGAUGAUUGAUGUAGCAAAGGAUCGAAUUCGAAUGAAACGACAUGUUCCAACCCUAACGACCAUCACUGAGAACGGCGAAAGUGAUGAAUAUCUUGAAAUACCGCGUCCACCGAGCAGAAUGCAUGAGCGUUCUGAGGAACCAUCGCCAAAAUCAUUAAAUUCAGUAGAUUCUGGAUGCGAUUCGAUGAGUGACGAAGAUGCACAAAACCAGCAAGUUCACGAGAAGGCGCAUGAUGAUAAUCAGCAUGAAAUCAAGGACACAGUGGAGCAUGUCGAAAUGGGGGAUGCGGCAGGCAAACAGCAGAACUUCCAUGAAACACAAACCGUACAGCAAUGUGCUGCGGUGCCCAGCAAAAUUCCUGUAAUUAGCAGUUUGUUGCCACGGCCAGUAACAGCCACCAAAGUGGCGCCGCUGUCCAGGAUACCGACAAUGGCUUCAUCCCGAACGAUGUCUUCCACAGUGACACCACUG